AUGUUCAGGGUAUUUGGUUCCUUUGGAUCAAGGAAUGCGCAAGGAUCUGGCGAAGAACCAUCGACAAAGACGAAAGAAGUUCUGAGACAGGCCAAUGACUUUGAAAUCGCAUUAAAGGCCAUGGAUUUUGUACUGGACGAUAGAACGGAUGAAGGAUUGAAUUUGCUGAAAAAAGCUGAAAUGGAGACUGGAUCAGAUCAAACCAUUCUGACUUUGGCAAGAGGUGUUAUCGAGUUUCUGCAAGCCACUUUGAGUUUUGAGGCCGAAGAAAUGAAAAAAGCUGCCAUUACUCUCGGUAAAGCUGAGCAAAUGUCUUGGAAAAGUAAGCAAAAUGCUGAAAGGAUUGGCUUCAAGAGUAGUUCAAUAUAUCCUGUCGGGACGGUCUAUGCGGUGACGUAUACAGAGUCGUGUCUUUUGCACGCUUUGCUGAUGUUAUUUAGUGAAAGCAUGAUGGAAGCAGCCAAAGCCUUGUUGAAACUAAGAAGAGCUUAUACAAUGUUGCAAAGUAUCAUGGUCACUGUGAAGAAAGCUGAACGCUCAAGAAACUCGAGCUCUCCCUCUCCAAGUGGAAACAGCGAAGAAUCAUGUGGAAGUUUUGUUUCAGCAGAGACGACAUUCACAUCGGUUGAUAUACCAUUCACAUUAUCCUCAGAGGACAAAUCGAACCCUCAGCUAUUAGAGUAUGCUGAAAGAAUCUUUACCAUGAGAAUGGGAAGAUUAUCAGGCGCUCAUAUCGGCAACACCCCAUCCUUUCAUAGAUUAAGGGAUGAUUUGGGAUUACAGACAACCCCAUCUUCCGCUUCAGAUGGUCAUUCUGCUGCGGAUGAUUUCGAUUUGGAACAAGCCACCAUCGAUGAGUUCAUCCAUUCGGGGGCCAAUUUAUGUUAUGGCAUCUUGCAAGUUGUGCUUUCCUUACUGCCACCCGCAAUCGGUGCCGUUUUAUCUAUCGUGGGCUUCAAGGGGUCUCGCGAAGAAGGUUUGAGACUAGUUUGGAAAGCUACAAAGGAGAGAAAUGUUCAUGGCUGUAUUGGUCUACUAGGCCUGAUGUUUUAUUAUGAUGGCCCUUUCCAAUUCACAGACGCUGACUUUGAUAUACCAGCAAAUGAUAAUAUAUCAAGAACCCUAAGUAAAAGCAAGACCAAUGAUAGUAGCAUUUCGCCAGGUUACAUGGAUAGUGCAACUUUAUUGCAUCCGGGGAAAAUUUUAGAAAAUGCACUACUUAAGGCGAGAGCACUUUUCCCCAAUAGUGCUCUAUGGCUAUUAAAUGAGGCGAAGAUGCUUUCUGGAAAAGGUAGGCUUCGUGACUCUCUUACUCUGAUGGAUUCUAUUGAUGUAAACAGUAUCCGUAUGAGGCAAGUGAAAUCCCUGAUGGUGUUCGAACGUGCCAUUCUUUUAGUUAACUUGCAUGAAUACAAUAGGGCUGCGGACGACUUAAUCAGCCUGCUCGAUAUUAGUGAUUGGUCACAUGCAUUGUAUACUUAUUUUGCAGGUUGUUGUUAUCUGGAAAACUGGAGAAUGUCAAAAUUGGGCUUAUUGAAUGAUGGUAAAGAACAGUUUUAUAAGGAGAGGGCCAGGGAACUCAUAUUUGACGCGCCAUCCCUGUUAGGUAAGAAAACUUUUAAAUCCAAAAAUCUUCCUUUGGAUAGGUUUAUGCUAAGGAAAGUUCAACAAUUCAAUAACAUGCAAAAGAAACUGAACUUAAAAGAACCGCUAGAUUCAAUAGCAACAUCUCCUGUUCAUGAAUUAUCCUAUUUCUACAACGGUUACAAUAGAAUGACUGAAGACAAUUUGAUCUUAACCAAAAAAAUGUUAACGGAAUAUCAUAAUCCUGCGAUUGAUUCCGAGGAUCCAGAUCAAGAACUAAUCAGAAAUCUACUGCUAUCCUUGACUUUAAGAAGAUUGGGCGAUGCGGAAAAGGGUUUGGCUUUAUUAGACGAUAUUGUCCUACCAAAAAUAUUUCACAUCCAAAAUGGUAAAGUGAAGUACUUCAAGAAAACCGAGGACCCAUGGGCAUAUCCAGCCGCCCUUUAUGAGAGGGCUUUAUUCUGUUGGAAAUUAGGCGGCAUGGGAAGUUUGAAAGAAAGCAGGGAAUGGUUACUAAGAGCCCAAAAUUAUGCCGCUGACUAUGAAUUAAGUACACGUAUCGGUAUGAAGAUCAAAGCUGCUCUUGAUAGAGUUGAGAACGCACUUGCCUGA